AUGGCAGCAGUCAAAGGUCCACAAGCCGUUCAUACGGAACUACCGAUAUUGAAUGGCCAGAAUGGCGCUCUGCCAGCGAAGGAAGCUGUCACCCAAGCUGUCGAAACCACCAAGUCCGACGAUCUCCAACGCCCAGCUUUCGAGAUAGAAGAGCAUCCAAUUGAUCAAGUCCGACCGAUCAAGGUUGGCGUAAUCGGCGCUGGUCUUGCUGGAAUCACAGCAGGGAUUCUUUUUCCAGCGAAGGUCCCGGGAGUCGAUUUGCGGAUCUAUGAGAAGAAUGCCGAUGUGGGAGGUACAUGGUUCGAGAAUACAUAUCCCGGGGUUCGUUGCGAUAUUCCCGCGCACGUAUAUCAGUCCGGCUUUUCUCCGAACACACAAUGGACAGAGGAGUUUGCACAAGGAGCGGAGAUCAGAUCGUAUUGGCAAGGGCUCGCUAGGAAAUAUGAUGUCUACAAGUAUCUGCGUCUGCAGCAGAAGAUCGAGCGUGCGGUCUGGCAGCCCGAGAAGGGGAAAUGGCUGGUGACAAUCCAAGGUCUCAAGGACCAGCAGACACCUAGGCGCUACGAAGAAGAGCUCGACGUGCUGAUCAACGCCAUCGGUCACUUCAACGCGUGGAAGCUGCCCGACUACGAGGGCAUCAACUCAUACCAAGGCACCCUGUUCCACUCCUCAAACUGGAACCACGAGGUCGAUCUACAGGGGAAGCGAGUUGCUCUGAUCGGGAACGGAGCCUCAGGCCUGCAAGUCCUACCCUCCAUCCAACCCAUCGCACAACAUGUAGACCACUAUGCGCGCAAUCGCACAUGGGUUGCCGACUCCUUCGGCACGACAGGGGUUCGUCGCCUCGAACCCAACCUCUUCUCCGAAGAACAGCUGGAAUCGUUCAAAGACCCAGACACCUAUCUCCGAUACCGCAAGAGCGUGGAAGAAGGCUACUUCUCCCGCUUCGGCGCAGUGUUCAAGAACACCCCCGAAAACCAGGAGCUCCGCGAGAAAUGGACCAAGUUGAUGCUCUCGCGCAUUAGGAAGGACUCCACCCUGGCUGACAAGAUCAUCCCCGAUUUCCCGCCCAACUGCCGGCGCCCCACGCCGGGACCAGGCUACCUCGAGGCCCUGGGCCAAGAGAACGUCAGCUACAUCCAGACGCCCAUCCAGCGGUUCACGCCGACGGGGAUCGUCACCACCGACGGGGUCGAGCGGCCCGUGGAUAUCGUCAUCUGCGCGACGGGUGCGAACGUGGACCACGCGCCCCCGUUCUCGAUCAUCGCCAACAACGUCGACCUGAAGGAAGCGUGGACGCACGACGGCCUGUACGGCUUCCCCUACAACUACCUGGGCAUGGCCACCCCGGGGUUCCCGAACCUGCUGUGGAUCGGCGGGCCCCAUUCCACCGGCCAGGGGGGCAGCGUGCCGAACUGCCUGGAGAACCAGAUCACGUACAUCGCCAAGCUGCUGCGCAAGCUCCGCGCGCAGGGUAUCAAGUCCCUGGCGCCGUCCAAGGCGGCGACGGACGACUUUGUCGAGUACUGCGAUACCUUCUACCCGCGCACGGUGUGGACGGGCAACGACGACUCGACCCCCGGGCAGAAGAACUGUCGGUCGUGGUAUAACGGCGGGCGGCCCGGGGGCCGCAUUCAUGGCCUGUUUCCCGGCAGCGCGUCGCAUCUGAACUACCUGCGGCGGGAUCCUCGGUGGGAGGAUUGGGAGUACACCUAUACCAAUCCGAGUGGGAAUCGGUUCGCGUACUUUGGGAAUGGUUGGACGCAGAGGGAGCUCGAGAAGGGGGCCGAUUUGACGCCGCAUUUGAACAGGCCGGAUACGAUUGACUUGCGGACAUAUCUGGAGGGCUGGUGGGAUGCUUAG